CAUCGUUCGAUUUAGAUAUCAACUGAGAUUAGGUAUCGCACCAGCAGCGCAGCGUGUGUACGAGUUAGUUGUAAAUCAUAUCGGUCCGGAUCGCGCUCACCAGCAAUUUGUUUAUUUCUCACUUUAUACGUUGUGAAUAAAUUUCGUUUUCGUCGUCAUUUAAAUCAAAUCCAGUAAAAAUGGGAAGCGUCGAAGAGAUCUACGAAAGUGAAGUACACCGGACCAUCACGCGGCGCACGAGCUACAAAAUCAAAGAGACGUCGUCGAAGAAGACCACCACCAUGACGACUGCUCCGGCCAAGCUCUACGGAAAGAAUCUGAGCGAGUACGACGAUCUGGACGUCGAUCAAUUACUUUCUCAACUGUCACCGGAAGAGAUAAGCAUUUUGUCCAAGGAAGUCGAUCCCGAUGAUAACUUAUUACCACCUUCAGAGCGUUGUAGUUAUGAAUGUGACAAAGAAGCCACUGGACCAUUAAAUAGGAAAAAAUUAAUUGAACAUAUUAACAAGCAAGCUCUUGAAACCCCAGAUCUACCUGAACAUAAACCAUAUGUCCCUGGAACUGUCAGAGGAAAAAAAUGGGUUGCACCUGAAACCAAUGGUAAAAGUGAACAUGAAGAUAAAAUUGCUAUUGAUCUUGAUGAUGAGUAUGGUGAUGCACUGAAUAAUGCAUCACAAGAAGAAAUCAUAGAUUUAGCUGCUAUACUUGGAUUCCAUUCAAUGAUGAAUCAAGACCAGUAUCAUGCUUCAUUAUUAAAUAAAGGUCAACCAGUUGGCUUAGGAUGGGACGGUAUUACUAAAUCUACUCAACCAAAGGUUUAUCCUCCAGAGCCCCCCAACCAAACAGACCCUGAAGAAAGUAUUAAGCGAGUACGUGAUGAUGAUCCUAAGUUACUUGAUUUAAAUUGGAAUAACAUUAAGAAUAUUUCCGAUGAAAAGUUUGAGAAUCUAUUUAAUGCUUUAGUAGAGAAUACUCACUUAGAAACAUUGAGUUUGGUAAAUGUAGGACUUACUGAUCGGUUAGCUGGUAAGCUAUCUGAAGCAUUAGAGAAAAAUUGUACGUUGCGUGUUUGCAAUGUGGAAACAAAUUUCAUCAGUCCUGUUGGAAUAGUUCGUUUAGUUAAGUCCUUAUUGAAACAGAGGUCUCUAGAAGAGUUCCGUGCUACCAACCAGAGAUCCCAAAUAUUGGGAAAUAAAAUUGAAAUGGAAAUUACUAAAUUGAUUGAACAAAACCCAACCAUUCUAAGACUUGGUUUGCAUUUGGAGUAUAAUGAUGCUCGUCAUCGUAUUGCUUCCCAUUUACAACACAAUAUUGACAGGAUAAGGAAAGAUACGCCGUUGAAAAUGAAAUUUAGGUUUUUUAGAAAAACACCCCAGAAGCAUCGCAAGAACUUGAUCAAAUAAAUGAUCAGUGGAUCACAUUAUUGAGGCCGCUUACGCAGAACUGGUCACUUUGCGCGUACAUACACUGGCGGUUGGGUUGUACACAAAAAGGCUAAAUAAGUACGAGUUUUUGCCUAGAACUUGGUCCUAGACUCUUAUUUCAUAAGUAUUUUAUUACAUACUAUAAUUAUAUAUUGUAUUGUUUUUCUCCUCAUUAAUCGUUAAAACGAUUUGUAUAUAAAUAUAAUUAUGUAACGGUCCAUUGUUGACCUUUCAUAUGCCUUUAGUUAUUAGUGCGUGUGUGUGAAUAUUUUAUUAAUUUGAAU